AUGCCUCUAAUGGAGUCUGAAGGUGUACCAAUCGAGUCAACCUCGAAUGGCCUUCCCGAUCGCUUGCCAUUCCCACCCAUCACAUACUCACAUAUUCUGCACUGCUCAUAUCACGAUUGGCAUCCGCGGUAUCGGACCCUCACACCCAAGUCGAAGAUAAUCCCUUUGCCUGAACAAUUCGUUUCAUACCUCCGCGCCGAUGGCAUCCUCCUACCACCCGAAAACCGUCCCCGAACUGAAGACGAUGACUACGAUACAUUCUCAGACGACGGCGAAGAGGAGGUAGACCCCUCACUAGAAUGGCCAGAAGUUCACACACAAGUGAAAAGCAUAAUCUCCGACUUCCGCCAAGUCACCCCAAAACUCAACUGGAGCGCCCCGAAAGACGCAACCUUCAUGUCCGCCACAAACGACACAAAAUGCCAAACACCGAACGACAUCUACCUCCUUCUCAAAAGCAGCGACUUUAUCACACAUGACCUCGACCACCCCUUUGAUGACUGCGUUCCGGACCAGGAAAACGAAGAUGAUGGUGCUGCUGCUCCAGCCGAUGGACCCCUCCCGGAGGUCCCUUACCACCUAGUCUUGCGCAAAUACGUCAAUUUCAAUCCUUCACUUGAGUUCCGCUGCUUCGUCCGCAAUCGCAAACUUCUUUGCAUGUGCCAGCGGGAUCAGAAUCACUUCGAUUUCCUAUUCCCGAUGCGCGAUAUGUUGCGCUCCCGCAUCCAGUCCUUCUUCGAUGAGAAGCUGCGCGAUACAUUUCCCGACCCGAACUUCACUUUUGAUGUGUAUAUCCCCGCGCCGCACCAGCGUAUCUGGUUGAUCGAUAUCAAUCCCUGGGCCCAGCGUACCGACCCGCUUCUUUUCAGUUGGCUUGAAAUCUUGACCAUGAAGGACCCUGUUGGUUUUGAAGAGGAAGAGGAUGAUAUGGCUGGGGGCGUUGUGCGGAUUUCUCUCCAUGAUGGCAGUGUUACGGAAUUGGAUGCGAAUGGUCAGCCUGUGGAUGACUCUGGUUCGUCUUCGGAUGAGGAGGAGGAUCUCGAUAACGUCACUCCCAAGGGCCUGGAUGGCGGAGAGGAUGAUGAAUUCGCUCCCUUCCUACCGGAGUUCCGUCUCAUCAAGAAGAAUGACCCCGAGGCAUACUCCUUUGCGACACCACAGUACUCGGCACAUAAGGUGCCAAGAGACUUGGUUGAUGCUUCACUCGCUGGUCCGGGUGGUAUGAGUGAAUUUAUGGGUAAAUGGCAGGAUAUUUUGCAGAAUCAGAUGCGCCAGCAACAAGCAGAGAGCAGUGAUUCGGAAUAA